AGCCGCAGCUGCUGCAUUUCAAAGCUCCCGGCAUGACGGCGCUCCUCCUGUGGGCUCUUCUGGGAGCCUGCCGAGCUGAGGACUAUCCGCACUACGUGCCAGCUUGUGGCAGCUGCAACACAGCUCAGACCGCAGCCGAAGAAGCUGCAAAGGAGCACCGGUCUCUGGCGGAGCAAGCCAAGGCUGCGGCAGCGGCGGGCGCGGGCGCGGCGGCCGCCCUGAGCCUCUCCCCGGAGUACCAGGCGCAAUAUGCGGGCAAGGCAGCUUUUGAGGUCUACCACAAGGCUGGCCAGCCGCUGGAUGAUUGCGCCUUUGAGGCAGCGAAGGAGGCUGCCCGGACGGCCGAGGCAGCAGGCCUCGACAAAGAAGCUCAGCUGAAGUCUGGCACCAUCACUGCGGCCUUGUCUCUUGGGUCCAUUGGGCAGAGCGGCCAACAAAGAGCCGACGGCGCCUUGCACGCGGCCAAGGCUUUGGCCCGGCGACUGUACCCGGCCGCAGAGCAGCAAGCGGCAGUGGACGCGAUGGAUGGUCCCAUCAGCUUCAUCACUGGAGUGCUGCCCACAGGGCACUGGAACCCGGAGCCCAACCUGCUGGAAGAACCUGCCAGCCCAAUCAAUGAGCUGUUGAAGGAGAAGGCGGCUGCGGAACACACGGAGGUGCAGAAACCGGCAGAGGCGAUCUUGGAUGUCAAUAGCGCCAGCGGUCUCAAGGCGUCCGCCGCACACGGCGAAGGUCUUCCUGGAUAUGCGUGGUUUUUGAUUUCUUUUGCGGUUGUUCUCUCCCUAUUUGGAGCGUUCUUGCUAUGCUACCGGAAGAUGGGCGAUUCGCGUGACAGAAUGAUCCUGGAUGAAGGCGACGAAGAUGAUGAUGACCUUGAGUGAUCCAUAGUUAUCGAUUUCAUUCUUUUCACUUUUCCUUCUUCCAGGGGCCGAUGUUGUCCGUAGAGUGUUCUCGGUGAUAGUUCUGCCCCUGGGAAGGAAUCCGUUUCACUAAUGAGCGAUCGACACGAGCGCGCAAUUCGAAGGCCAGUGCAAUGCUUAU